CCGCGUCGUCCUCCCCAGACCACUUCAGUACUCAGGAUGGCUUCUCACAAUGGCCAUCAGCGAGCGGGGCCGCUGUUGCUGUUAACGAUAGUUACGCUGCUUGGAACGGCCGCAGACGCCGUGGUGUUUCAGACGAUCAUGAUGAACGUGACCGUACUUCGUCCAGACCUAAACAUGACGGCAGCAGCGGCGUGUGAGUGCAAGGCGAAGUGCUUCGUGCUGCCCAAGUGCAGCGCUGCGUCGUAUGACAUUACGACGUCGGUGUGCAGCAUGACGUACGACGCUCCUUGCAACGUCACGACAACAUUUGCUCCUGGCGUCAUCAGCCUCUUCAAGUUCGUUAUUCGCGAAGCGUUCGUCACCAAAGGCAAAACCUUCAACGGAUCUCCCGACAACCUGAAGAAGAUGUGCGGUGCAGAAGGCGGGGUUCCGCUCAUCAUCAACACCAAGCAACUGCUUCGAGAAGCUAGGCAGCUCGUCGCUGACCAUGGAAUAUGGCUCAUGUGGGGUGCAAAUCGGGUGGCCUGGCUUAGCGCUUACCAAACUCCCAAGUACGGUCUAUACCACUGGCCCGACAACUCCCCGGUGAUUGGCAGCAUCUUCACUGCAAACGACUUCUUUCCUGCUUUACUCGCCGAUAAAAUGGAAGUAUCCGUGCUCCGUGACGAUGGAAAAAUUGGCACGUUAUCAGAACAACCGCUCUUCAUCAGUGCUCUGCCCGUACUGUGCGCAAGGACUCAGUGA